CUGAUCCCGAGGAGACUUGGUUAGGGAGAGAAGCUGCACACUGACUUCAGCUGCACUCGGAAGAUCAGACAGGUUCUCCUUCAAAGGGGGAGGGGGAGAGGAAAAACCACUUAUUUAUUCCUGAGAAGAAGGGAGGUAGAAAAUAAAGAAGCCAAUACAUAGCUAGAUAUACGUAUUUUAAAGAAAAGGAUGCUUUGGAAGACUUUGUUGCUGCUGCUAUUCUAUUACAGUGCUCAUGCCACUGUGACGUACAAAUGGAGCAGAGCUAUGCUUUACCCAGCUGCUCAGCGAUUGAAGAGGUCCUCAGCUGCCUUCCUUAAUCCAGUGCUACAAAACUCCUUGGAAGAUGUGGUCCUGCUUUAUGAGUUUCUUUUAGCUGAGCUUGACAUUGACAAGAGUCAGAGGAUCUCUAUCAAAGAUGAGGAACUGGCUUCACUGAGGAAGGCUGCUGAGUUUGACACCAUCUGCAAUGAGAUUAUCCCCAAGAGCAUCACAGAGAUCCGCAGGCUGAGUAGCAGGCUGUCCUCCUACCCGAGGGUCCUCAAGAAAGAAGACUUUGAAAGGACAGUGCUGACCAUGGUCUACACAGCCUACAGGGCUGCUCAGUCCCAGGGGCACCAGAAGGACACUUGGGUUGAAUCUUUUGUCAGUCUUUACAAAGCCCUGAAGCACGACCUGAUGUUCCCAUACAGCAAAGAGCCAUCAUAAUGGGAGACUUGAUACAACUCAGCCAUCUCUUCUGGUUGAUAAGGGACACAUGUAGCACGUCCACCACUUUAUUCUAUAAAGAAUUUAAUAGCCUGCUUCAUGAAAGAUUAUUUGUUUUCUAGCUCCCUCUUGUGGAAUCGACUUUAUAGAUACAAGUUAAAUGGGGAAAAAAUGUUAUUUUCAGUCCCCAAACUUUGUUUUUGUGCUGGCUUAGAGGCAUGUUUUGUGACUGGAAAAUAAGGGAGUCCCAGAUGGGUAUGCCUGUAUCUAAUCUGUAUGUUUCCUAUAAACAAUACAUAAGUAUAUGAUGCUUAUGCUCACAUACUUAUGUGUAUGUGCUGGAAAAUGCUGCUUUCCUAGCUGGGAAAACAAGUUCAUAUUUCAGCUGCCCAGUAAAAGAAUAUUAAAAAGAGUUGCAAAGGUCCUCUGUAAAAGGCAGAGGAUUCGUUACUGUCAGCCUCCAGAAAUUAUGGAAAAUAUAUUAAUUCCAACUAUUCUUGUAAAUAA